AUGGGGACCACUUCAGGACCACAAUUCCUAUCGGAGGAUGGAUUACCGUACGGUAUGCCAAGUGGAGCAAGCCCAGCGUUGCACCCUAGCACCCCCUUCGGUAAUCCUCCAGUGCUUCAGACCACUGUCGAAGCGGAGCUUCUGGCUCAGACGACCUCCCUUCGGAGGGAAAUGGCUAAACUCCAAGAACAUAACAAACUCCUCUCGUCCAAAGUAGACAAAACCCAGCGGUUGCUUAACCAGCAGGAAACACAGAGCAUUCAGGCUACCGAGUCUUCCUAG